AUGAUCGUUAUAACCGAUCCCGGAGCGCAUAAACGUGCUACAGAUGAAGAUCUGACGGUGCGUAUACAAAACUUCAUAGCACGCGACACGCGUUACCGUCGCACAAUGGGCACGCGCAACGCCGUCCCGCCGGGGCUUGGCAACGGAUCUCGCCGGCGUCACGCCUCCGCCACGGUCUCCGGCGGUCGUAAAGCUAUUGUUAGUCGAUCCCGGCCGGGGUCCCUACGGGCCCCGCGAGCCCAACGCAUCAGGGAGACCAGCGGCGAU